AUGGCGGCUGUGAGCGAAGAGACGACUGUUAACGAAGUUGAAAGCGAAAAAACUGCUGAAGAACUCAAGACAACGGGUGAUUCUGUUGUUAAAACAGAUACCAAUUUAGAAGCUAAUGAGCCGCAAACAGCAGAAGAUCAGGCUGAAGCWACAAAUGGACUGGCAAAAGAUGAAAGCAAAGAUGAGAGUAAAACUGAAAGUGAWCAGAAAUCUGAUGACAAGGCUUUGGGUGCUACAGUAGCCAAGCAUUACAAUGAACAUCCUGAGGGAACCAAGGACAGUAGRAAGGAAAGUAGGAUCUUYCACAUGAGGAACUUCAACAACUGGGUUAAGAGUGUCAUUAUUAAUGAGUUUCUUCACGAAAUCAAGAGGUUCAAUUAUCGUAAUAUCCAUGUGUUGGAUCUGUGUUGUGGUAAAGGUGGGGAUCUUUUGAAGUGGCAAAAAGGAAGAAUUAGRAAACUUGUGUGUGCAGACAUUGCUAAAGUGUCUGUAGACCAGUGUAAAGAACGUUACAAAGAGCUGAAGAAGACAGCUGAAGAAAGACGAUACAGAGAUCCCCUGUUUGACUCACAAUUUAUAGUUGCUGAUUGUAGUAAGGAGCGACUUGCCGACAAGUACGAAGAGAAAGACUUGGUAUUUGACCUGACAAGCUGCCAGUUUUCUUUCCAUUAUUCAUUUGAGAGUUAUGAGCAAGCUGACAUGAUGCUGAGAAAUGCCUGYGAGAGACUAAAGCCUGGUGGAUAUUUUGUAGGAACUACAACAAAUGCAUAUGAACUAGUUAAAGGAGUCAAACAAGCAGAGGGACUAGAAUUCGGGAAUGAUGUGUACAAAAUCACAUUUGAAAACAAGGAUUCCUUCCCCUUGUAUGGAUGUAAAUAUGACUUCAAACUUGAAGAUGUGGUUAACUGUCCAGAGUUCCUGCUAUACCUCCCUGUUCUGGAAAAGAUGGCUAAAAAAUAUAGCAUGAAGCUGGAAUAUGCCAAACCAUUUCAUGAAUUCUUCAAGGAAAGGAGUGAGGAUAACCUGGUCCUUUUAUCAAGGAUGAAUGCUCUAGAGACAUAUCCUGUACGUCAUGAAGGUGAUAAGCUGACAUCACCAUCAGAGGAUUCCUAUAGUCAUGCUAAAGAUUUUCUUCAAGGCCUACAGUCUGGCAAGACUGACACUUCUACAAGUAGAUAUAGAGAUCACAGAGAAAGGAGUCAGGACUUUGUGAGGACAUUGUCUAAAGAAGAAUGGGAAGCUGUAGGGAUGUAUAUAGCUUUUGCAUUUGUGAAAGUAGAUAAAAUUGAAGAUGAACCAUCAAAGAAAGCAACCAGUGAGGCAACAAGUGAACCACCUAAAGAUGAAGGUGAAAGCUCUGCACUAAAAGAGGCUGCACUAGAAUCCAGGAAAAGAAGACAUGAUGAUGGAGAAACAGAAGAAACAUCUGAUGAACCACCAGCCAAGAAAGUAGACGAUAGUGAACACCCUGAAGGUCAAACAGCUGAACAAGAUGGAGCUAAGCAAGAUGAAACUAAAGUAGAUGAAACUGAGCAAGUUAAAGUUGAAUAAGAUAUGGCUAAAAAUGUGGAAUAGAAUUGUACCACAUUCACAUUACUAAGGUUACUUUCUAAUGUUUUACAACCUUGUUACCAGUUAUCAACUUCUGAUCCCCAUGGCAACACUCAUUUUAUCAUAUUUUACAUCCUUUUCUUGCGUUUGAAAUAGUUUGAACUUCUUGUACAGAUAUUUGUAUCUAAUAUCCAACGAUGAUACUGCAAAAAGAUGACGAUUUCAGCUAUUCAUGCAUGUAAACUAUAAUGCAAUCUAAACUUUCUGACUUAUACAAUGUUAUUUUAGGGGAAAUUGUCUUCAAGUGACUAUAUGUAGCUAUAAACUGCAGGCUUUUUUAAAACUGAAUGUAAACGUACCGAGUACUGCUUAUUUCUUGUUAACUGUAACUUAUGAAAUCAGGCAACGUUUCAAAAUAAAGAUAUAGUUUUAACUAUACCUUAAGAAUUGUACAAUAAACCUUAAAAUAAAACAAUAAAUCUAUAUGA